UCUAUUUGGGUUCAGGGUAAGACAGCGAUGUGAAGAAGAGAUAUUUGAGAACGACAGAGGAAGAGAGUGAGAGAAACACAGACAGAAAACCAAGCAAAGUUUGAGGAAGGAUUGUUUUGUGGAUUUCAGUCAUGGAAACUCCAUAUGACGACACUGAAGAUGAACGACAGGAGAAACGAGGUUGUUUUGAAUGCUGUAUCAAAUGUCUGGGAGGCGUGCCGUACGCGUCUCUGGUGGCCACCAUCCUGUGCUUCUCCGGUGUGGCGCUCUUCUGCGGCUGCGGACACGUGGCUCUGACAGGAACCCUCACCAUCCUGGAGAACCACUUCUCCAAGAUCACCACGGACCAUGCCAUGCUGACGGACAUAAUCCAGCUCAUGCAGUACGUCAUAUACGGCAUCGCCUCCUUCUUCUUCCUGUACGGCAUCAUUCUGCUCGCAGAGGGAUUUUAUACCACCAGUGCCGUCAAGGAGCUUCACAAUGAGUUCAAGACCACCGUCUGCGGACGCUGCAUCAGUGGAAUGUUUGUGUUCCUGACGUACAUCCUGGGAAUCGCCUGGCUUGGGGUUUUCGGUUUCUCGGCGGUGCCCGUGUUCCUUUUCUACAACAUGUGGUCGACCUGCGCUGCCAUGCGCUCGCCCGUGGCCAACCUCACCUCCAUCGAGAGCAUCUGCGUGGACGUGCGUCAGUACGGUAUUAUUCCAUGGAACGCAACACCGGGCAAAGCUUGCGGCUCGACGCUAGGUGAUAUUUGCAACACCAGUGAGUUCUAUCUGUCUUACCAUCUGUAUAUUGUCGCCUGCGCCGGAGCCGGAGCGACAGUCAUUGCUCUGAUCCAUUACCUAAUGAUCCUUUCUGCAAACUGGGCCUACCUAAAGGACGCCAGUCACUUGCAUGCGUACCAAGACAUCAAAAUGAAGGAGGAGCGGGAGCUGCAGGACAUCCAGUCGCGCUCCAAAGAAUGCCUGAAUUCCUACUCGUAAGGACGAGCGUUUGCGAGGGUUAAAGCUGCCAACGACACUCACUAACACACUAAUGCAUCUGCUGCUUUCCUGUCGACUAACGCCGUUUGUGCGCACCUCCUUUUCUGUUUUAUCUUCUGUACUGUUUCUGUUCGGUCACAUUUUUACUCUUCCCUUUUGUAGCCCUUUGUGAACCAGCGAUGGCUGGUUGAAGUUUGAAACGUUGCACUAUUCGAAACACGGCGGAAAUGCAAAUCAGAUUCUGUUCGUACCAAGAUGUGAUGGUAAACAUGAAUAUAACUGAAGUGCAAGCAUUUAUUUCUCAUGAUAACCGUGUGCACUUGCAUUAUAUACAUGUUGCAUAAUUUUUCUUUUUGGCUUUAUAAUAUUAUUUUGAAGAUGCAUUCCCAUUAUUCUGUUGACCUGAACUAAAUUGAGAUGUUUGGCUGGUUGUCUUUGUGCAAUAUGUGUUGUUUACUGCAUACUACUGUCUGAAGAUAGUGUGUGAAGCAGAACACAUUAUGCAAUGAGGCAUCCGGUUAUUCUUUUUGGAAACUAUUGCAUUUUUAAAUCCAGUUUUGUGCAAAAAUGUCUUGAUCUUUGCACAUGAGUGCAUUGCAUUGCAUAGUGUUCCCAGAGCAGUUUUUCUCUGUUAUAAUACACUCUUGUGAAUGCAGCAGGUGUUCUAUGCAUACAGUAUUCAGUCAGCACUGCGUUUCUCUGAAGGUUUUAUGAAGAUGACCACUGAAACAGGCACAUGGUUUCACACUACCUCACAUCUACCACUUUUUUUUAUUUAGCUCAAAACCUAGUCCAUAGUUAUGUGUGAAAUUACUGUGCAAAAUUACAGAAUUGAACCUGCUAUAUUAUGAACAAAAGUACAAUGUAUUUACUGUCCCCAAAAGAAAUGCAUGAAUAAAUAAUGUCGAAAACAAAAGAAAUUAUAUUUGGUAUGAAGCCUAGAAAAACGUUAAUGCUUAUGAAAGUUUUUUGGUAACACUUUAAAGCAUUUGUGUAUAAUGUGUUAUAAAGGUGUUCAUAAUAUAUGCUUUAUAUUGUUUCAUAAAUAAUGGUAACCAAAGUUAAAGUGCAUUAUAAUAUUUUCAGAUUGCAUCUGAAAUUGGUUGUUUGUCGUGUUUUAAUGCAUUAUACUUUCAAUGCAUACAUAAGUAUUAUAACUGUGGUUAUAAUUAUUCAUGAGAUCAUUAAAAUGCAUUAAAAUACUUUAUAAUGCGUUAUAUAUAAAGGCUUUUUUUGUAAUUCUUAUUUUCGGUGAUGAUUCUAAUUAUUGUAAUACAAUAAUGUUUUUAACAGAAAAUCUUGCCAUGAUUGUCUAAAUACUUUUUUGUAUUAAAGCGACGAGAUGUUGGUUUGAUUUCAGUUGAUGCCCAAUUUUAUUUGUACCAAAUUCUGUAAAGUGUAAGUUGUACGCAGCUUUUCUCAUUUCCCAUGUUUGUUUUUUUUUUAAUGGUACAUUUGAAUUGCGUCAUGAAUGUGAACUCUGUCCAGAAUUUUUUUUUGUUGUUGUUUUUUUUGGAGGGUAAAAACGAAGGUAACAAAAUAUGCAAUUGUAAAUACAGACAAAACUUUUUUUCACAGUAGGAAUAAUGCAUUAUUCAUUCAGCAUUUGAUACAUACAGCAAACUGAUGGUCAUUUGUAUUGACGUUGUUGUAGGCAGCAUUUGCCAGAUUUUAACGUUAUAAUGUGCUUUCUUUUUUCUCUUUUUUUUAGUUUUAGUUCAUGUAAUAAUGUUUAUUGUUAAUUUUUGAUUCACAUAUAUGAAUUCUGUAUAAUAUCGCUUUUUUAACCUAUAGUCUGGCAUUAUUUUUAGGGGAUUCCCUUAGUUUGUAUUUAAACGGCUAUUUUGAAAUUAAAAAAAAAAAAAAGGCAAAAAAAAAUUAUUUUGCGUAAACCACUAUAUAAUGCACCACCCUCUUUUAUAAGCCUCAAGACUUUAUUUUAAUUACUUGCCCAGAAGGUUUUCAUGUAGUCUGUAUAUCUUUGUGUUUUUAAUGCUUUAAUCGCUGGUAACAUUCACCAGUGACUGUAAUUCACCCAGUUAAGGUGGAUUGUGAAUAUUAACAACUGCCCAAAACUGAUGAUUUGAUGUCAGCGACGCUGAACGAUGUUCAGUCCUUCAAACCAGCUAUUGUAUUUUAUACAAAAAUAAAGUAAAAUAUAAUAAAAGUC